CUCGAGAGGAGGCCUUGAAUGGACCAAAUGGGGAGAAGUGGAAGGCGAGUGAGGAUGAGGAGUUCGGGUCCCUGAUUGAGAACGAGACAUGGGACCUGUGUGACUUGCCUCCUGGGAAGAAGGCAAUCACUUCCAAGAUGAUCUACAGGCACAAACGCAACAAGAAUCGCUUCAAUCGGAGCAAGAACGCGAAAGCUAUGAAGAUUCAAAGUUCAUGAGCUUGCGUUACAAUUGCGACGGUUACA